UAUGGCAUUUUACUCAGCUGGAAGAAGGAAAGAACGAUGCCACUGUGCAAAUGUCACUGCAUAUAUAAACGGAGAUAUGAAAGUAAGAAAACUAGGUGGGAAAUAUGACGAAAGAGUACAAGUUGCUCCAACUCCGCCAAUGGGCUGGAAUUCUUGGAAUUACUUUAGUUGCGAAGGACUUAAUGAACAGGUAGUAAAGGAAGUGAUUGAAGCUUUCGUUCAUAAAGGCUUAAGGGAGGCUGGAUACUCUUACAUUCCACGUGUGUCUUCGAAACUAGUUCAUUUUCCAAUUACAGAUUGUUGGCAAAUAAAUCGUACUGCUGAGGGUAUCAUUAUACCUGAUCCACAUAAGUUUCCCGGCUCGCGAAGAAGCCAAUCCCUUGAUUACUUGUCAUUAUACGCUCAUGGAAAAGCUUUAAAAUUUGGUUUAUACACCGACACUGGUUAUCGUACGUGUCAAGGUCGGCCAGGCUCCUUUGGAUAUGAAAGAAAGGACGCGGAGACUUACGCUAAAUGGAAUAUCGAUUACUUAAAAAACGACGACUGUAAUCUUUCGAACGAAACGACUUGCGAAACUUAUAAGGCAAUGUUUGAGGCCAUUUCGUCGACAAGUCGACCAAUUGUUCAUAGUGUUAAAGCUUCCUGUGGACCGGAAAUGGCAAGUGCCGUGUCGAAUAUGAGAAGAGUGGGGCAGGAUAUAAGAGAUAACUGGGAAUCUGUUUUGGGUUUGAUUGACAUUUAUAACAGAGAUGAAUUGUGGCGUUAUUCUAGGCCAGGGUUUUGGAACGAUUUAGAUAUGUUAGAAGUCGGAAACGGUGGUAUGACGAUGGAUCAAUACGUAGGGCAUUUCGGGCUAUGGUGUGUCUUUAAAGCUCCUUUAAUUCUCGGCAAUGACAUUCGAUAUAUGACGUCAGAAGUCAAAAAUCUCAUCACCCAUGAUGAAUUGAUAGCAAUCAAUCAGGACCGAUCGGAGGCGGCAAGACUAGUUUGGCGUUCCGAGAAUGGAAUGCAAGAAAUCUAUACCGGUCCAUUAUCAGACAAGAGGCGUGUGGCCUUGCUGCUAAACAGGGGUAAUACUUCCGCCAAUAUUCAACUAGACUGGGGCAUGUUACCAGAUGUUACAGAAGAUACUAGUUUAAAGGUAAGAGAUGCCUAUAGACGUCAAAAUUUAGGUAGUUAUACUAAUCAUAUUAAAGAGACCGUAAAACCAACGUCAGCUAAAAUUCUUGUAUUAAUAUUAUAA